UACGUUUUCUCUUCAGACAACACACCGCAGAGAUAAAAACGAAAAAUAUCAAUGCCCUCGUCAACAAAAUCUAUAUAAAUCUAUAAAUAUAAUUAGUAAUUAGUUGAAAUUACAUUUAUUUUAGUAAUUGAUAAUGAUAAAAGCGAUAUUAGUUUUUAAUAAUCAUGGCAAACCACGCCUUUCCAAAUUCUAUCAAUAUUUUAAUGAAGAUAUGCAACAACAAAUUAUCAAGGAAACAUUUCAGUUGGUUUCCAAACGAGAUGACAAUGUUUGCAACUUUCUCGAAGGUGGGAGUUUAAUUGGCGGUUCCGACUAUAAACUUAUUUAUCGCCAUUACGCUACACUUUAUUUUGUAUUUUGUGUGGAUUCCUCGGAAAGUGAAUUGGGAAUCUUGGAUCUUAUUCAAGUGUUUGUGGAAACUCUGGACAAAUGCUUUGAAAACGUAUGCGAAUUAGAUUUAAUCUUUCAUGCCGAUGCUGUGCAUCACAUACUUGCCGAACUGGUUAUGGGUGGCAUGGUAUUACAAACCAAUAUGUCCGAUAUUAUGGCACGCAUCGAGGAGCAAAAUAAAUUGGUGAAACAGGAGGCAGGUAUAUCGGCGGCGCCAGCACGUGCCGUAAGUGCUGUCAAGAGCAUGAACAUUCCACAACAAAUCAAGGAUAUCAAACUUCCCGAUUUGCCACAAGCCAUUAAAGACUUAAAGUUCUGACCAGGCCCAACCAGCAGCAACAGUUCAACGUUUGUGGAUAGCUAUGUUUUGCAGCGCCUCACUUCUCCAACAUCCAACAUGAAUCCAACAUCGGCUUUUAGUUCUCUUGCAGCGUACGCUUUAAAUUCAAAUAACUCUAACAGCAACAACAACAACAACAACUCCUUAUCAUUUGGAAAUAAAAAUUUGUAUGCUUCGUCAGUUACGCAAUUUCUAAACCAGUCCAUCUAUGAACCCAUCGAAGAUGAUGACUUCAAUAGCACUUUAAAUGCUGAUGCCAUUGCUAUUGCUUCCGCAUUCAAUUAUGAUUAUUAUCAAUCGCAGUCAUCAAUGGAUCCAGAGAAAUGCAAUGCAUUCGAGUCAACUCAUUCAAGUGGUCCUAGAAAUUUGGCCGAUGUAGCAGAAGCUCAUGAACAAAGUUUAAAAAUUAUUCGUGAAUCAUUCGAUCUUGGUGGCGUACGUAAAUCGGCUGAUGACGUCAGACAAACUGCCAAGAAAAAACACAAGAAAUCAAAAAAGGUCAAAUAAUCCUUAAGCCAAAACGUUAUGGGUAUGAGUUUGUUAUAGAAACGAAAACAAGUGCAAUCUGCAAGAGAACCAAAAGAAUAUGUAGGAUAUUUAUUAUAUUUAAACAAAAGUCCUGUAUUCAUUAUUUAUCUCUUCUUAAACACCCCAAUACAAAUCUGUGUAUAUUUUUAUUUAAUAAAAUUAAGUUUAUUGAUUAUGGUAAAAAA